AUGGCUAGUAGUAAUAACAACCGUCCCGGUAACGGCGAUAGACAACAAGGUUUGCGAUCUAAAUGUAAAUUAGCUUUUGAAAAACAAUUAUAUUUUGCCUUUGUUUUUCUUUUGAUAGCAGCAGGCGAAGAAGAACUUGCAUCAAAAACUUUGCAUGUACAAUCAAAACGUUUUUAUCUCGACGUAAAACAAAAUCGACGAGGACGAUUUUUAAAAAUUGCAGAAGUUAGUGCUGGUGGACGCAAAAGUCGUGUAUUAAUGUCAAUGAGUGUGGCUGGUGAAUUACGUGAUAAUUUGCAAACAUUUAGCGAACAUCUUGAUACACUUGGUGAGCCGAAUCCAAAUAAUACGCCUGAAGAUGGACGGUUGAAAAGCGCUAUUAUAUCACGUGAUGACAGAAAAUAUUAUCUUGACUUAAAAGAAAAUGAACGUGGCCGAUUUUUACGUAUAUCGAUGGUUGGUAUCAUUAGUCCACGUACACAAAUAGCAGUACCAGCACAAGGUAUCAACGAACUUCGUGUAACAUUAUCGAAUUUAUUGGAUGAAUUUGGCAUAGAAGACGAUCGAGAUAGUGUCGAAACACCUCCGGCGAUAGAACCAGCUGAGUUACCAGACUCGAAGUAUUUACGAGUUGGCAAUAAAAAUUUUUAUUUUGAUGUUGGUUCAAAUGAUCGGGGUGUAUUUUUACGCAUAUCAGAGGUAAAACCUGGAUUUCGAACUGCGGUUACAAUACCCGAAAAGGUUUGGACACGUUUUCGUGAUAAUAUUGGUGACUUUAUCUCGUCCAUGGAAAGUGAACGAUCAUUAGCCGGUGGACAAACUGCAUCAUCGCUCGGUGGUAAUAGUGGUCAAGAACAAACUACAACACAACAAAGAUCAAACCAAGAAACGCAACCACCUCGUCAGCAAAAUCGAACGGCGGUUGUUUCUGCUGAUUCGCCUCCUACCGGGGCAUCUUCAACUCCUACUGGAAAAGUAUCAGUACAAACACCACCAACAACUCCAAACAAGCCGGGAGAUGGUGGUGGCGGUGGUAGAAGUGAAGAAAAAAAUUAA